CCCGCCCCCCCGCGCGCGACGAUGCAGCCGCGACCGUGCUUCGCAGUCGCGGCGGGAGGCCCGCGGCCGCAGGGCGCGCACCUGGCGGCGCCGCCCAGCGCCGCGGCGCCCGCGCCCGUUCUCGCCCGCGGCGCCGGCUUUGGCCAUACAAGGCCCGACGGCAUGCUGCCCAUGGCUGCUGGAGCCGCGUGCGGCCUGACCCUCGCGAUCACCCGCCGACGCGCUUACGGAGGGGGUGGCGGUGGCUUCAAUCCAGCGGCAGCGGAGGCGAAGUCGAGGAGGGAGGUGGACAUGUUCUUUCAGUAUCAGAGGAGCAUGAUCAGGCGCGGCAACAAGAUCGUCCGUGACGACAUGUACUGGGCGAAGGAGGAGCGCGCGGUGUUCAAAACGGCGCACGUCAAAGCGGGGAUCAACUUCGCCAAGUACGAAGACAUUCCGGUGGAGACCAUAGGGGGCACUGGCAACGAGCAGCCCAUGGAGUCGUUCCAGGACGCCUGCGAGAAGUUCGACAUCCCCGAGGGUCUCGCGGCCUCCAUAGAGAGGUGCGGCUAUGACGUGCCCACGCCCGUCCAGAAGUACGCCAUACCCGCGGACUGGAGCAGCCCAGGCGUGACCUCCGCCGCCUUCACGGCGUGCCGCUCCGCCUCGCGAUGGUGUCUCGCCUACCUCGGCCACGCCUGGAGCAUCUCCAGGCACAUCGCGACGAUCAGCGCUGGCACACUCUUCAGGGAGAUCACGGAAGAGGUUGUGGACAUCGGGAUCUUAAGGGCGGGCACGGUGGCGGAUGAGAGCGUCGCGUCGCCGGGUGUAUUCAUCGCAGGGCACGAGAAGUGUCUUCCACUGCUCUGCCGCCGCGCUGCCGUGUAUCCCCGCGCAUGCUCGCACGUGCUUGUCGUUGCGUUCUCCCAGCCAGAGCCGCCAAAGCAGCAGCAAACAUUCAACGUCUCGAGGCUCGAUCCUUUUUCUGAGGUCUGCAUGGGCACCGCCCUCGGGUGCGGCCCACGCGUGCGCCUGGUCUGGCCAGCGCAGGUGCCGAAGCCGGCGCUGGCUCUCGCUCGGCCACGCCCAGACUGGGCAAAGUACACGGCCCAGACUGCACGCGCAAUUCGCGCGUCAGUGCUCGAGACCGAGCCGUCCGGGAAGGCCAGCAUGCACUUCAUGCGUUUGUGGUCGGGCACGGCGCCGACGCGCGAGCUGUGCCAGCAGAUCGCCGACGAGGCGCGCAGGCUCGUCUUCAAGACCGAUGCGAAGGUGGUCGCCAUCUACGGGGGCGCGCCGGCGCAGCCACAGCUGAGGCAGCUGGCGGAGGGCCCCGAGAUCGUCAUAGCCACCCCUGGGCGCCUGGUCGAUUUCCUCAAGCGCGGGGUGAUAAGCGUGGAGAACGUGAAGUUCCUGGCGUUAGACGAAGCGGACCGCAUGCUGGACAUGGGUUUCGAGCCUCAGAUCCGCGAAAUCAUCGAGGACUUUGGCAUGCCCGAGCCCGGGGAGGGCGGGCGGCAGACGAUCAUGUUCUCCGCCACCUUCCCCGAGGACAUGCAGAACAUGGCCCUGGACUUCCUGGACCCCGUCUACAUGCAGAUCAACGUCGGCAGGGUCGGUGUCGCGGCGGCUGACGUGGAGCAGCGGUUCGAGGACAUCGGCUGGGGAGACAAGUUCGAGAAACUGAUCCCUACGCUGGAGUCGGUCACCGGGACAGACGGCGAGCCGAAGACCAUCGUGUUUGCGAACAUGAAGGCCACCGUCGACAACAUUGUGUAUCACAUCAACAGACAUUCCAACUUCCGCGCCAUCGGGAUCCAUGGCGACAAGCGGCAGGAGGACCGCAACAGGGCCAUCGACGAGAUCAAGAGAGGGCGGUCCCAGGUGUUGGUCGCCACAGAGGUCGCCGCGCGCGGCCUGGACCUCCUGCCGAGAAGCCCGCCCACCACCCCCCGCCUCGGGGCGCCGACGACCUCCUGUCCUCUCUCACUCCGUUCCCUCCUCGCCCGCUCUUUCUCCCCUGCUCCGUGCAGAAGUCUGAGGUCAGGCGGUGUCGGGAACUGUUGGCGCGGUGCCCUCGGUGGGCUCCCUGGUCAGAUGCGCCCGUCCUGA